AUGUGGCGCCAGCAGUUUAGUGGACAGUUUUCAAAACGCGAUUUCAAGUGUAACGUUUUUAGUUUAAAAAUUGAAACACAUGAAUUCAGUAGCGUAUCAACAUGUUAUGAAAUGGAACGGUACCUGAAAGACGAACCAAAAAUGAAACUUAAGAAACUUCCACAAGAAGUGGACCGGACUUGGUACGGUUACGAUUUCAACGACAACCACUUCGACGCAUUUUCCUCAGCCAGUUCCCCCAUGUCGUGGGACGGAGCCCUCUCAUGUGCCAUAUUGGUUAAGCAGGAACCAUUAAUAGAUGAUGAUGAGGACGAAGAUGACGAUGAAGACAGUGACCUACAGUUACGCCUCUCUUCCCGAAACCCAGCAACCCUCACGCCACCCUCAUCGCCAGAAUCAGGCCAAGGGGGCUUAAGUAACGAAAGCUCGAGCGCGAGUGAUUUGGACGUUUGCGGAUUGCGAAUUAGCAAUCGAAACACGAUCGUUCGAGUGCGAGCAUCUGGUCUCACUCGGUAUAUUUCGGUAGUUCCGUCUAGACCCGCGGUUAGUAAUAAUAAUAAUAAUAGUAGUAGUAAUAAUAAUGGUAGUAGUAUAUCGACGUCUUCUCAUCAGCCGCAAAAGCAUCAUUCCCGUUUGGACCAUUCGCCGGAUAGCAAAAGGCGAAUACACAAGUGCCAAUUUCUCGGAUGUAAGAAGGUUUAUACGAAGAGUUCGCAUUUAAAGGCUCACCAGAGAACGCAUACAGUGUAG